GACGGACGAGGCGACAUGGCGGCCGUGCUGCUCGUGGUGCUGGUGGCCGCGCUCCUGGGCGUCGAGGGCGCCUCCGGGGCUGCUGGCUUCCUGUGGUCACCGCUGUCCCAGGAGCGUGGGCCAGGGGACCACGUGGAGCUGCACUGUGAGGCUGUGGGCAACCCUGUCCCUGAGAUCCAGUGGUGGUUCCAGGGGCCUGCACCCGACACGCCCUGCGCCCAGCUCUGGGAUGGCGCCCGGCAGGACCGUGUCCACAUCCACACCACCUACCGCCAGCAUGCGGCCAGCACCCUGUCCAUUGCCGGCCUUACUGUGGACGAUGUAGGCACUUAUGAGUGCCGGGCCAGCAACGACCCUGACCGUAACCACCUGACCCGGGCACCCCGCAUCCGCUGGGUCCACGCCCAGGCCAGCGUGCUGUUCCGUGAACAGGGCAAUGUCUCAACUUCUGUGAAAGACGUCGACUCCAAGACGCUCCUGACCUGCUUCCUGAACCACAGCGUCACGGCCAUCGAGGGCCACCGCUGGAUGCGGGGGGACAAGGUGCUCAAGGAGGACGCACUACCCAGCCUGAAGACUGAGUUUGAGUUGGACUCAGACGACAGGACCGGUGAAUAUGCCUGCAUCUUCCUACCUGAGGUCGUGGGCAGGGCCAGCAUCACUGUGAGCGGCCCCCCGAGGGUCACAGCUGUGAGGAAGUCGGAGCACGCCAACGAGGGGGAGACCAUCGUGCUCAAGUGCAGGUCAGACUCCUUCCCGCCCAUCACCGAUUGGGUCUGGUUCAAGAAGACUGAAACCCAGGAGCAGGUUAUCGUGAACGGCUCCCAGAGCAGGUUUGUGGUGAGCUCCUCAGAGAAGCGGUCAGAACUGCAUAUCAUGAAUCUGGACAUGAGCACCGACCCCGGCACAUACGUGUGCAACGGCACCAACACCGAGGGCACCGGCUAUGCCACCAUGACUCUGCGGGUGCGUAGUCGCCUGGCUGCCCUCUGGCCGUUCCUGGGCAUUGUGGCCGAGGUCCUUGUGCUGGUCACCAUCAUCUUCAUUUACGAGAAACGACGGAAGCCCGAGGAGGUCCUGGACGAUGAAGACAUGGGCUCCGCACCACUGAAGAGCAGCAGUCACCACGUGAAUGACAAGGACAAGCACGUCCGUCAGAGGAAUGCCAACUGAGUGCAGGCAGCCUCCAGGACACCUGCCCUGCCUAUGGGUCUCCCUCUCUGAGUCAGUCCCCAUGUCUGCCAGAUUCCCUCACCUGCGAAGAAAACCUGCCUGGGAGAACAGUGGUUGUAGAGCCAAGUCGUAUCCUGAUUUUCCUCCUUUUUUUCAAGCUAAACUAGGGUUUGCUACAUACAGAAUUCCAUUCAAUCCUACUCCGUUGGGGUCGUUUCUCCUUUUCUUUCCAUUCUCGCGAACCCAAGGGGAUCAGUGAGGUCUGGGGUACCCCGUCAGGUGGCCCUGGCGGCUCCCCUGCGCAGUCCCUCCGGGUGCCCUGGCCGUGGUCCGCAUGUCCUGCCUGUCUGAAGCCUGUGCUGUCUGGUCACAUCUGCUCUUGGUGUGUUCUAUUAAAGGCCUUAGUCUGUGGUCUGACCUGGAGUCUCUGUGGGCAGGGGGCAGUCUGGUGGGGCCCUAGGGCCUCUUACCCUCUCAGGGGAGCCCUAGGCCCCCGACAUGCCAACCUCUCCCCUCAGCUGGUAUUGUCUGGGCAAGCAGUGGGAGGCUGCUGGGCUAGGGUCUCUCCACCUCAACCACAGUGCAGUUCCGACCCGCCCCAACCCUGACCCUUGUUCACCAAUAAAGACUGACUCCGCCUCA